UUUAUCAAGUUGGUAGUGUUCAUUAUUUACCAAAGGGUACAUCGAAACAAUUUAAAAUGCAUCGAGGAUGCUGGGCACUUGAAUAUGCACGUGGAUGGAUAUCACCAAUGAUGCCAUUUGGUUUUGCAGAUACAUUAACUUCAACUUUAGAUUUUAUUACAUUUUAUCAUACACUUCGUAUUUCAGGUCGUGAAAUGAUUCGAAAUUUAUUACAAGGGAAAAUAUAA